AUGCCUCCCGCAGCGCCAACAACUCCUCUAAACUACUCAACAUCCCCCUCCCUUCUCCCCUACACCCUCCGCUUCCACCCCUACAACCCCCUAUCACCAUCGCCAUCGUCGUCAUCCGCGCAAGAAGUCCACCACACCCACCGCCUCUGCGGUGCUGGGGCAGGCGAGUUGGCGGAGGCUGUGGCUGGGGAUCAGGCGUGGGGGUUGAGUAGGGGCGGGGUUGGGAUCAUUGAGGUCGGACGGGUGUCUGGUGAUGGUGGGAGUGCAGAGGAGGAGGGAACUGCGGGUGUUGGGGUGGUGAAGGAUUCGCACAAGUUUUUCAAGGGGCGGGAUGCGUGGCGGAAGUAUACGUAUCUCGUGGAGGUUGAGACCACCACGAAGGUCGAGAUUGAUCCCGAGGAGCACGAGGACUUUGUCUGGGCUACGGAAGAGGAGGUUCGCGCGGACCGGUGUGGGGAGAGGGUGUUUGAGUGGACUUCUGAGCAUCAGAAGAUGGAUAUUUUGAGGGCUUUUGAGAUUGCGAGGGGGAAGAAGUAG